AUGGAUGAUUCCCCAACAAGAGAGAGCAACAAUGACCAGGAAUUCGAGUCAAGCGAGGAACUGGAAUUCGACCCAAAAGCAUCUCUUGAAGAAGAGUUGGAGUUCGUGAACAAGUGCAGAAGUUCUAUUCCUGCGAUUCUGAUUGCUGCAGAAUUCGGAGAUUUAGAAGUUUGCCGGGAACUCGUGCUGAAUCUAGGAGCGGACGUCAACGUGACAGACAAAAAUGGCAACGACGUGUAUCAUUGCGCCGCCAAGAACUCCUGCGAGAACGGAUUGCAAUUGAUCGAUUUCUUUGCGACUCACGGUGCCGAAAUGGAAAGGAGAAAUAAUUUUGGUCUUGAUGCAGUUAUAUUAGCUCUACGCCAGAGGAACUUUGAGUUUGCAAUCAAGCUGUUCAAUUAUUAUGAUUCGCCGAACAGUUUCCUGUCGCAUUGCAUUUGUGAAAAACUGGAAACGUUGAAAUUCGCUUUUGAGAAGGACGCGUCAGUGGUCAAAGUGAAGGGCAGUGACGAAUUUGACAGGGAAAUUUCGUAUGAGGUGGCGUGGAUGCACAGUCUUGAAACGUUUAAGUGGAUCAUUGAGAUCGCUGGCAGCUCUAAUUUAGUCGAAAGUGAAGAAUGGCAACUUAAAAUUCUGGAGCAUGCCGCGCGCAAUGACGAAGCUGGCGAGGAUAUUGCCCGCUUCAUGUUUUCUUCCUACGCAACUAACUUGACCAGCGAAGAUUUGACAACUCUUCUUGGUGUUGUCAUGUAUUCUUGUUUUCUGCCUUUUGUGAACUUGAAAGUUAUUGCAUUAUUAAUUGAACAUGGUGCCGACGUGAACGUGAGCAUAGAAGGGAAAACACUCUUUGAUUACUGCGUUGCAGAAAAUUCUUUAAGGACCGCCCAGUUUUUGUACGAACUGGACCAAGAGAAGACGAUUUGCUCGCGCACGUUGUUUUACGCGGCUUGGAAAGCGGACGUUGCGAUCCAUUUUUCUUUUGUAGUAGACAUAUCCACAGAUGAAGAAGAGCAAUUCGAGGAAUUCGAUCAAUCGGCAUCUCUCAAAGAAAAGCUGGAAUUUAUCCACAGUGGCAACUGCUGCCCCAAAAUUCCAGCCAUUCUGCACGCGGCAGAAUUCGGUGAUUUAGAAGUAUGCAAGGAACUCUUGGAGCAGGGCGAAGACGUCAACGCUACAGACGAACAUGGCUACGACGUCUAUCACUGCGCGUCUUUGAAUAAAAUCUGCGGUUUGGAACUGAUCGAUUUGUUUGCAGCCCACGGUGCUGAAAUGAAAAGAAUAAGUCGCUCUGGCUUUGAUGCCGUCUCGCUCGCCCUCAGCGAUAAAAACGUAGAGUUUGCGAUCAAGCUUUUCAAUUUAUACGAAUGGCCGAACAGCUUUCUUUCGUGUUACCUUCGUAAAAGUAACGACUUGGAAUUGAUGAAAUUAGCUUUUGAGAAGGACCCAUCUGUGGCCAAAGUAAAGGGAGAAGACGGAUUCGACAGGAAAAUUUCGUAUAAUUUGGCGUGUUGGUCCAAUCUAGAAGUAUUCAAGUGGAUUAUUCACGUAGCCCGCAGCGUUGAAGAAGAUGUAGUGAAACAGAAAGAAUGGCAACUUCAAAUUCUUAAGUACUCUGCUUUCAACGACCACGGCGAGGAUAUCGUCAACUUCAUGUUUUCCUCGCUCAUCAGGAAUUUGACGAGACAAGAUUUGACCCCUCUCCUCGUUACUGUCGUGUCAUCUAGGAUGCCUCAAGCUGUGAACGUGAAAGUUGUUGGACUAUUAAUCAAACAUGGUGCCGACGUGAAUGCAAGCAUAAAAGGAAAAUCCCUCCUUGAUCACUACGUGGCGUUGAAUUUAUUAUCGGCUGCCAAGUAUAUGCACGAAUUGAACCCAAAGGAGAUUUGCGCGAGCACCUUGAAUUACGCCGCAGCGAAAGCGGAUGUCGAAAUGUGCCAUUGGCUCGUUGGACGUCGCAUGGCCCCCAAGAUGAAAGACUUAAUUCCUGAUUUCCUCAACAGCAUUACACGGAACCACCAACACGGAGCAAAUCUCAUUCGUCACUUUGCUCCAAUUCUGAGUGAUUAUGUAAAUAUUGCCUCCGGAAUGAAGCCAUAUGAUCUUAAGAGUCCACUUCAAUCAGCUAUGGAUAACAAAAACCUCAGAGUCGCUGAAGCUUUGCUCGAAAUCGGCGCCGAUUUGAACGUGAGAUAUAGGACCCUUAAUCUGCUCAUCUACUGCUUGGGGAUUAAUUUUCUGGAAGGCGCCAUAUUUGUGUACUCCAAGGACAAGAGCCAGCUGCAGGCGGGAAUAAGGGACACCGCUAUGCACAUCGCCAAAAUGUAUAAAAACCUGGAUAUGGAGCUAUGGCUGCGUAUAAUGGCAGUGCACCCUUUUGGGCACUGA